UCCCCUCGCAUAGAGUGGUAAGGAUUGGUGAUAGUGUUUGUAAUGUCGAUUGGAGUGCUUGGUGCCAGUAAGAGGUUGUACCUGAGGACGUCCGGAUCUUGUGCCCUAGAUGUCCCUCCGACAGGAAUUUCAAUUUUCCCGCGAUCUCAACCCCGUACACACACGUGGUUACAACGCUACUCAAGUUAUAAUAAUAUUUUUAUAAAUAAAAAAAAAAGUUCCCGUGUGUGUUUAUGUGUGCAUAUGUGUUAUUCAAUUUUAAUUUAAGGAUCUUUUACCUUAAUUUUUAUUUUUUUUGGGGAUUUGGAAAAAAAAUCUAGAUCACGAGAAUGAACGAGGGUGGAAGGUAUAAUCCUGGAUUCAUCCCAGACGAAGGCAUUCAUAAUGUGGAACUCGGAAAGUCGCCCAAGGACGAUGGAAAGCACAAAAAUACAAACUUCAAUCUUGAUUAUGGGAUUCACGAUAAGAAGAAAAUUUCACUUUCGCUGCCGGAACAGAUGACAUCAAUAGAGGAACAAAAUGAAAGAGCCACAUGGGGAAAUGGUUUGGAAUUUUUAAUGUCUUGCAUUGCAAUGUCAAUUGGACUCGGCAACGUAUGGAGAUUUCCAUUUACAGCUUUUGAAAAUGGUGGAGGUGCCUUCUUGAUACCUUAUAUUAUUGUUCUAUUUCUCGUGGGAAAACCAUUUUAUUAUUUGGAAAUGAUAAUGGGCCAAUUUACAAGUAGAUCGUCUGUUAAAAUGUGGUCAUGUAAUCCAGCAUUUCGAGGUGUUGGUUGGGCACAAAUGUUUUCAAUGAUUGCCGUUGCAACAUAUUAUUGUUCAUUAAUGUCCGUGACACUUUACUAUCUAAUUAAUAGUUUUCAAUCACAAUUACCAUGGUCAAAAUGUUUAUUUGAAUGGGGCGAUGUUUGUGUCAAUUCAGGAAGAACCGAUGAAAAUAUAACACAACACGUGUCAAAAAAUAUGAGCAAUAUGAUGAGUUCUGCCGAACUUUAUUUUACAAAGACUGUGUUAAAGGAGAAAUUAAAUAUUGAUGAUGGAGUUGGAAUGCCUGAUUGGAAAUUAUCAUUUUGUUUAUUUAUUGCUUGGCUAUGUAUAUUUGGAGUUUUAGCACGUGGAGUGAAAAGUUCAGGAAAGGCUGCUUAUUUUUUAGCACUUUUUCCCUAUGUGAUAAUGAUAGCAUUAUUGAUAAGGGCUGUUACAUUAAAAGGUGCAAUGAAUGGAAUUAUAUUUUUCAUAAAACCACAAUGGGAUAAACUUUUUGAUCCUCAGGUGUGGUAUGCUGCAGUAACACAAUGUUUUUUUUCACUUUCCGUAUGCUUUGGAGGUGUUGUCAUGUAUUCAUCUUAUAAUUCAUUUCGUCAUAAUAUUUACAGAGAUGUUAUUGUUGUGACGAGUUUGGAUACAAUUACAAGUCUCAUUGCUGGAUGUACAAUAUUUGGUAUACUUGGAAAUCUUGCUCAUGAACUUGGAACAGAUGAUAUCACAAAAGUUGUUCGUGGAGGAACUGGUCUUGCUUUUAUAUCAUAUCCAGACGCUAUUGCUAAGUUUACUGUUUUACCACAGCUAUUUUCAGUACUAUUUUUCCUUAUGCUUUUCGUAUUAGGAAUUGGAAGUGCAAUUGCCAUUGUUGGUGGUAUUGUAAGUGUGGUUAGUGAUCAAUUUCCAUCAUGGAAAAAUUGGCAUAUUGUUUUAGCAACAUCUUUAUUUGGAUUUCUUGUUGGUACCAUUUAUUGUACUCCAGGAGGACAAUUUAUAUUGAGCUUAGUGGAUUAUUACGGUGCCUCGUUUGUUGUUUUUAUUCUUGCAACAUUGGAAGUGACGGGAGUUUUUUGGGUCUAUGGAUUGGAAAAUUUAUUGGACGAUGUGGAAUUUAUGUUAAAUAGAAGACCAUCAAUUUAUUGGAGACUUUGUUGGGGUCUAUUUACACCUGUUUUAUUAGCAAUUAUUUUAGUUUACAACAUUGCAACUCUCACACCUCUUACUUACAGAGGCGUUUAUUAUCCUUCUAGUGCUUAUGCUGCAGGAUGGUCACUUCUAUCAUUUGGGGUAUUGCAAAUACCUCUUUGGUUGAUAUACACAAUUGUAAAAAAGCGAAAAUUAGGGAUACCACAGAUGAUCAUAAAGGCAUUUAAACCAUCAAAGGAUUGGGGACCAUUUAAGGCAUCGGACAUGGCUGAUUGGCGAGCUUUCAAAGACCUCAAGAAACAAAAACGAGAAAAAAGAAUAUCUUCAAAACUUAAACAAUUCUUUUAUGUUCUCAUUGGAUUGGAGAAUAGACUAUCAUAAUAGACCUAUUUCAUUAUUGCGAUAACUGAAUAUAAUAUCCAAAAUACACUAUGGAGGCUAGAGAAUAUAAAACAAAGAUGAUUCAUUUUCGAAAUAUCUAUAAAAGAGCCUUCUAGAGACAAUUUAUAUAGUUAUUAAGAUUUUUAAGCAUAUUUUACAAGAAGAAACAUAUCAUGAGAAUUUUUUUUUGAAAUUUUCCCAAAAUUUUAGUACAAAAGAAACAAUUUCCGUCCUUUUAAAUAAUAUAAAAAAUAGAAUUAAAUAUACCAGUGACAUAAUUUUAUAAAAGUAUAAAGUAGAAACCUAUUUUAUAAACCUUUAGAAGCACAUUUAAAGAAAAUGGGUCUGUGUUCUUAAUGAUUUUUUUUUUUUAUUAAAUAAUUAAGUGCGGGUUUUAAAUUAAAAUAUUAGUCAACUAUUAUUAUUAUUAUUUAAAUUAUUAUUUAAAUAUAAGAAUAGUUUAAAAAGAGGAAUUACAAAUUUUAAUUUUCCUUUUUUCAAAAGAAUUGACAAUUUUUUUAAACUGAAACAUUUCAAACCGAUUUUCCUUAAUAAUAAAAUGAGAAUAUAAUAUUACAGUAUUAGAAAAGUGUAGAUAUUUAAUAUAUUUUCACUGUGAUGCACAAAGAAACAAGACAAUGAUAAUUAAUAAGAAAUUUAUGCGCAUAAUUAUAAUUAUUAAUAUAUAUAUGUAUAUUUUAGCCUGAUUAAUUUAAUGAUCAUUGUACUUAUAAUUAUAUAAUAAUGAAGAAAAUGAAUAUUUUAAGUUCAAAUUUUAACUAAUCAAAAAACAAUCUUUUAAUAAUUAAUAUUAUAAUAUUGACUUUAGAAUUUAUUUACGUAAUUAAAUUUUAGCAAUAAUUUUGAAUUAUGUGCCAGAACAGUUUUUUUUAAGGUAAUUUUUGCAAUUUUAUUGUGCAUUAUUAUCGAUUUCUUUCUAUAUUAUUCAUGUUUUUUGAAACAACAAUUUUU